CCUCGUAUAAAAGAUGCCCACCUCCAUUACAAUAGUACUACGACCUUACCAAAUUAUUACAAGAAAAAAAUAGAAAUAAGAAACCAAUUGACCAACAAAAAAAUGGAUUUCAACAAGAUCAUCCUUCUUUCAUUCUCAAGGAUUUCAAAUGGAUAGCAGUGGAGAUUGCGUCCAAUUCAAUAUAUAUUACCAGGACCUCCUCUGUUGCAGCUUAAAUACACGCAUAUAUACUCUGGGUUUCUCAAGCACUUUCUUGAUUUCAACUUUUAGUAUAUUGAAAUAUGAUUUUUGAUGCUGAAUUGUGAGCAGAUGGAACACCAAAUAGUUCCUGCGACAGGAGAAUACGAGCUGGAAGUUGCUGAAUCGCCAAAAGGAAUCGAAGUGUCCUCUAAGGCACUGCCAUUAUCGUGCACUGUUUGCUCUUUCUUGAAGGCGGAGUUCAGUUUGUCUGAUGCAGAAGAAAGAUCAAAGUCUGCAACUAAGCUUGGUGUGCUUAUAUGUGUUGCUCUAAUUGCCAUGUUAGUAGAGAUCGUUGGAGGUUUAAAAGCCAAUAGCCUUGCAGUGCUUACUGAUGCUGCCCAUCUGCUGACUGACAUUGCCGGAUUCUCGAUUUCUCUCUUUACUGUCUUAGCAUCUGGAUGGGAAGCAACGUCGCAGCAUUCUUUUGGUUUCCACCGUCUUGAAGUUUUGGGGGCGUUCUUAUCUGUGCAACUUAUUUGGUUCACAUCUGGGACCUUAAUAUAUGCUGCAGUAGAUAGAAUGCUUCACAAAAAGGAUGCGGUAAAUGGCAAACUCAUGUUUAUAGUUGCUACUGUUGGUUGUGUGAUAAACCUUGUAAUGGUGCUCUGGCUUGGUCACAGCCACGAUCACAGUCAUGGGCACGGUCACGGACAUAAUCACCAUCACAGUCACGACCACAGCCACAUACACAUUAACAGACACAAUCCUGGUCAUGAGAGCAAUCACAGUCAUGAUGAAGGUCAUAGUCAUACUCACAGUCACAAUCAUGAUGGUCAUACUCACAGUUGGAGUCGUGAUCAUGGUCAUAGUGGCAAUCCCGAUUAUGAUCAGGGUCCCAAUUAUAAUCCUGAUCACGCUCAUAGUACCUGCAAUGAAUCUGAAAAUGGUCAUCAUGGAGUUGAAUCAUGCGAAUGGACUGAAGAAGAGAUCACUGGUCUGGUGCCAAAUUCCCCGGUGAAGAGCAGAAAACUGAAUAUUAAUAUUCAAGGCGCUUACUUGCAUAUCAUCACUGAUUUGAUUCAAACCAUUGGGGUUAUGAUCGCUGGAGUAAUCAUAUGGGCAAAACCAACCUGGUUAGUGGUUGACCUAAUCUGUACACUCAUCUUUGCAGUCGUGGCUUUAAGUAGUACUAUACCCAUGCUUAGAAGUAUUUUUUGUAUAUUAUUAGAAAGUACACCGAGUGAAAUAGAUGUUGAUCGUUUAAAAGAGGACCUAAAAUGUAUGGACGGAAUUAUAGAUGUUCAUGAUAUGCAUGUUUGGGCAUUAACAGUUGGGAAAACUGUAUUAGCCUGUCAUGUAAUAGUCGAGGCUGGAGUUAGUGUAAACGAAACCAUUCAUAAACUUGCGGAUUACUGCCAAACAUCAUACGGAAUUGACCAUGUAACUAUACAAAUUGAAGAAGGGUGAAAUUGCUCUUCCUUGUCUUUUGUUUCCAGUCUUUCAUUGUAUUUUAACAUAUGUGUUCCAUAUUA